AUGCAGUUUGCACCUUGCUUGCUACGAGCCCUUCACGAAAAGAGUCACACGGUUCGUCUCCAUUUACACACGUUCAAGCUACGGAUGCUGGACAGGAACCCUAGGAUACUGGACUCUCGCGAGAGACUUCCCGUCACUGUUCCCCAAGUUGGAGAAUUUGACCAUGCGGGAUGCUUGUUUCGUCCUGCUUCCCUAACAAACCUUCAAACUGGGACCUGCCCUCUCAACACUGUCAAGAGCCUCCGUUUUGUCAAAUGGGAUGAGGGCUAUGUUGAGCCUGGCCUGGAGGGCGAGGAAGGUCCAUAUGUCCUCGGGGGAUCCAUUAAAACCAUAGAGGAACUAGCCGCGCUCGGGGCUAUCUUUCCAUCCGUCCAGAAGCUGUCUAUCCCAGUCAGGCGCUCCAAAGGUGACAGGCACGAGGUCGCAUUGUACAAGGCCACCGGGACUGAGUUCCCUAAUCUCGAACGACUGUCCCUCACGCUCGACGCGGGACUCGAAGUGUUUGAUGGCGACAAUGAAGUUUACCACAGCGUAGUCUUUAUCGAACCACGCAAGAAGCGGAAGGAGCAGUCAAAGGUUCAAUCAACAGAGGACGCGAUUUUGAGACACGACUUUAAUCUACUGGAGUUGCUUCCGACCAUGCGAAUGGUGAAUCAGCAUCGCUGGGAAUGGUCUGAAGAUUCGGUGGUCUUGAAGCAGGGAGACCCAGGCUUCACCUUCAGCCAAAACAUUCUGGACGUGAUGGUCAACUCGGCGAUUGAUGGAAAGUGGGCAAGGCAGAUCUUUGAUGUCGUGGCGGCUUCCUCUCCAAAACUGCCAAGAAUGAUAGUGCGCACUAGGGGUUGCAAUUUGAGUGUCCGUAAUGUCCGUAAGGCCAAAGAGCAGCGCCAUUUCAGUGAUGAUUCUUGGCCCUGCCGGGAGGAUCCGGUAGGCCGGGAAAACGAUGAGAUGGCGUCAUUGAUGCACGCACUUCGGAAGCAGUGGCUUGUUGACAGGUGUCUUGGUGGUGGUGGACGCAGCGGUGAUGGUUCUGGCGUUGUGAAGGUGAAGGAGGUCAGGGGGGAGAUGUCAACACGGCAAAGAAUCUUGCAGGAAUAUUGGGAGAACGAACUGCUGAAGGUCGAGGAGAAGGGUGGAUUACCGUUGCAUUUUAGGUACCUCUGGCCGCGGGUCGACGAGGGGAGUAAGUGGUGGUGGAAAGAUUGGCAGAGUUGGGAGUUGGAGGGUGUUUAA